AUGGAAGAAGCUUUGCUUGAAGGAGCAAAGGAUGGCCCCCAGAGGAAAAAGCGGAAGUCUGAAGUUGCAGAAGUGGACCAGCAGUCAGAUAUCCUGGCUAUCGGUACAGCAGUUGGUAGCAUUUUGUUGUACAGCACAGUUAAAGGAGAGUUACAGAGCAAGCUAGAUGGUGGUCAUGACAAUAGAGUAAACUGUGUGAGAUGGCAUCAAGACAACUGCUGCUUGUAUAGCUGUUCAGAGGACAAACACAUUGUGGAAUGGAACACACAGACCUGCAAAGUAAAGUGCAAGUGGAAAGGCGACAGUAGCAGUGUCAUGUCUCUAUGCAUCAGUCCAGAUGGAAAAAUGCUGCUUUCAGCUGGUAGAACUAUAAAACUGUGGGACUUGGAGACCAAAGAAGUCUACAGACAUUUCACAGGCCAUGCUACGUCAGUGUCAUCAUUAAUGUUUACCACAGUGAAACCUAUGAAUGAAAGUAAACCCUUUGAUGGAAUUACAGGACUUUAUUUCUUGUCUGGAGCAAUACACGAUCGAUUAUUGAGUGUAUGGCAGAUCAGAUCAGAUAGGAAAGAAAAGAAUGCUGUGCUGUCUUUCUCAGUAACAGAUGAACCAACUUUUGUUGACCUGACUGUAUCAGAAGUCAAAGAAGAGCCUGUGAAGUUAGCAGUUGUGUGCAGAGAUGGGCAGUUGCAUUUAUUUGAACAUAUCUUAAAUGGUUAUUGCAAAAAACCUUUAACGUCAAACUGUACUAUCCAGAUAGCAACGCCUGGGAAUGAUGGGGACUCCACACCCAAACCAGUCCCUAUUCUAGCAGCUGCGUUUUGCACGGACAAACAGUCUCUGCUGCUGGUGUAUGGAAACACCUUACAGCCCAUCAUAGAGAAAGUGUCUUUGAACUCCAGUGAAUCCCACAUAUGUUUGGUAAGGGACAUCCAGAAAGUGUUGUCACUUAAAACAGAUGCUGCUCUGACAAAGGUAAAGACACCUGUUGUGAACUCGGACACCAAAGUUCUAGUGCCUGGCAUUCCAGGACAUAGUACAGCUGUCAAAACUCCAGCCUUGGGAAAGGAGAAGAAGAAAAACAAGAGGAAACCAGGAGAGACAGAGGAGAGCAUUGAAGAGCGCCUGGGGGCACUGGAUAUUGAUGUGAGCAAAGUAAAAACUCCAGGUGGCCUUCCACAAACAGAUAGCUUUGCUGUGCUUCUGGUUCAGGGCUUGGAAAGCAAUGAUGCAGAGAUCUUAAAUAAAGUGCUUAACACAAGAAGGGACAAUGUAGUAAAGAACACAGUAGCCAGAAUGCCUAUACAUGCUGUCAUUCCACUGCUGCAUGAGCUUACAAAGAGAUUGCAGGGCAACCCGUACAGUGCCUCACUAAUGGUUCGAUGGUUGAAAUCUAUUUUCACUCUACAUGCAUCCUACCUUUCCACAUUGCCAGACCUUAUUCCUCAGCUGGGAAUGUUAUACCAGUUAAUGGAAAGUAGAGUAAAAACUUUGCAAAAGCUUUCACGCCUGCAUGGAAGACUCUUCAUUCUUGUCACCCAGGUUGCAGCAUCGGCAGCAGCUCAGGACGUACCUGAGGUUAAUCAGACUGCAAAGCUGGUCUAUGAGGAUGAAUCCUCGGAGGAGGAAGGCUCAGAUGAUGAGAUGAUUGCAGAUAAAGACUCUGAUGAAAACUGGGAUGAAGAUGAAGAAAAAGAAGAGCAAUCUGAUGAACAAGACAUGACUGUUGAAAAGGAAGUCAAUGGUGAUUCUGAUUUGGAACCAGAAAACGAAAGUGAAGAAGAAUAACACCACGAAAGAAUCAUUUUAGCAGUCUGAACAAGUGGGCCACCAACCUCUCUGAUUCUGGAUCAUGUUGCUGCAAGAUGCUGUGUUUGCAUAUCGGGAGUGCAGGGUCGUGCACAGCCUGUGUGCAGAGGCACAUGUGGGGCACAGUGCGUUUCUGAGUCCAGAAUGUCUAACCAUGCCAGCCUUCUCUUGCCCUCUUU